AUGAGCGAAAUCGAAUACGAGUCCCGAGUGUCCAUUCCGGAGCUGCAGUCGGCGCACCCAAUGCUUUUCCCCGCCGUUAGACAUCAUGAUAUUUCAUCCGUCACGCCUCCGGCACCGCCUCCAUGGUGCAAAGCGCUAUCUGCAAUCAUUAAGGCCAGAGUUUCCAUGAAGAAUGGAGGGAGUUCUUGGGCGACAGCAUCUUCGCAGCGGACGGCGAGCUGUGGUCAAGAUCGCGCCACCUGA